GGCAAAAACCUCAAGGUGUUGGUGGCGAGGGUGGAGAAAUUUGUGCGCCGAAGCUACCCCAUAUGCAGCGUUUGCUUGCCACAAGCAGCGCUCGCUUGCCGAGUGUUCUCUCAGUAACAUCGGGGCCGUGAAUGAAGUAGCAAGUCCGACGAGCAUUUCUCCACAAAGUUCGGUGCCGUCCCUCCGAGUCCAUAUGCAAUUUUUACCUCGCUUAUUCGUCUACAAAAUAAAAAAGACGUUGAGAGUACAUUUUUUAUUUUCACUUCGAAAAGGAUAACAAAUUGCUCUUCACGAUACGUGUUCUUCCGUUUUCCUUUUAAUGCCAGACCAUUUUUUUAUUCUAAUGAAAGACGAAGAGUGCGCGUGGGUGUUGAAGGUACGAUAUGCCAUUUGUCAGUCCACUGACAUGGAAAAUAGCAAUUAUUGUACGUCAGCUAUAUUUUUCAGUUUGGCUUGAAUAGAUUCCAUAAUGUUGCUUCGGAGCACGUCAACACGCCGCACGAGGGCGUCUCAAAACCCUGGGGGCUCGCCGCAGAGUCACGUUGUCGGAAAUUCGCCACCGGUGUCAAGGGGACGCAGAGCAUCCGUCGCGACGGAUAAAGGUGGACCCUUGAACCACACUACGGUUGACUGCUUUAUAGACAGACAACGAUCACCCCGUGGCAGCAUGGUACCCAACAUUGCUCUAGACAACGAGGAUGUUACACCGGAUGAGCAGCCUGUGGGAAGGAGAUUGUUACCGGAUCCCGAGUCCUGCAGCGCAGGACGAGCAGGUCUUUUAUCAGCGUCGAACCGAAGUCCCCGAAACUCUCUGGUGCCGGAUGAUUAUUUUCGAAGCCCGAGAGGAUCUUUGGUGCCACCGGAAACUGGUUACAACCGUAGUCCCCGGAAUAGCCUGGUUCCCGGGAGCCUUGGACACUCGAGGAACUCACUCAUCCCGGCGGAGAAUGGAAGCCAUAGGAAUUCGACGCACUCCUUAUUACCCGAAGGAUCCAGGAGCCCUCGUGGCAGCAUGGCCAACAUCGAGUUCGACAGAAGUCCUCGAGGCUCCAUAUGUCCGGAGAUGUUGAGAUCUCCGAGAGGCAGCAUCGUACCAACGGACCUGGAGAGAAGCCCUCGAGGCUCCAUUUGCCCGGAAAUGUUGAGAUCACCGAGAGGAAGCAUCGCGCCGAUCGAGAUCGACAGAACCCCACGAGGCUCGGUCAUUCUUGAAUAUCAUAAUCAGAGCCCGCGCGGCUCGAUAAUGCCCGAACACAACAGAUCACCGAGAGGUUCCAUCGUCCCGGACGCUAACAGAUCUCCGCGCGGCUCGAUAUGCCCGGAGGGCAACCGCAGCCCAAGGGGCUCCAUCGGACCGCACGAUAUCAACAGAUCUCCUAGAGGAUCGCUCGGACAACCAGCCGAUUUUGACAGAACGCCAAGAGGCUCCAUCGGUGGCCAGGGAGACUCGGAAUUACCGGCGAAAAACCGAAGCCCCAGAGGUAGCAUCGGACCUGAGAUGGAUAGAAGUCCUAGGGGAAGCCUCGGCGGUCAUGAGAGGCGAAAUCCGAGGGUCCUGGCACCGCAGGAUACGAGAAGAGCCUCCGCUGAUCAAGGUAUAACGACAAACCGGCACACUUCGCCGUACAGACAUCGCGAAAAUACUUCAGGAAACGGUAGAGCCGCCGGGAAUUCUGCAGGUCCUCAAUCCAAUCUUGGAUACGGAACGAACGCUUGGGCGGAUUCCCGGAGAGCGAGCAGCUCGGUAUCUCAGUUCUCAGGUGACGAGUCUCGACGGCUUUGCGGGGGCGUUGUUAAUUCCAUGGAAAAAGGUUCUUCCGGAUCCGGACCGUUGGGAGUCGCUACCUAUGGCACACUGGUUUUUCAGCUUAAAGAUGCUCAUCGCGAGGCCAGCGGCACUUGCGACUUCGUUUUUCGUGCUAUGACAGUCGUCAGCAGAACCAUGGUCUUCACUGUCUGUCUCGGUUGUCUUUCAACCGUCCCAUUGUUAAUGCUAAUCAUGGGUGUGCAGUUCAUCAAAGAUUGCCCGAUUGAGCCGAACAUACCAGUUUACAUGGUCGUUGGUGGUUCGCUGGGCAGCUUAAGGAUGUUCUGGGCCCUUUAUUCGCAAAUACAAUCACGCCGGCUCGAGGUGCUCAGUGUACCCACCACGGAAUCCCACACUUCACCAAUGAAAUUGGUCUCGAUCGCUCUUUCCCUCUUCCUAUCAAUUUGGUUCGUCGUAGGCAAUUAUUGGAUUUUGAACAUACGAUGGCCCAAGUACGCUGCCGACAUGUGGGAGCCUGAUCUUUGGUGCGACAAAACGCUCUACACAUUUUCCGUCGUGCAUCUCGGGAUCGCCUACGCCACGAUCGUUGCUAGCAUUAUUACGGCGAUAGCGCUAGCGAUUUGCAGAUUUUUCGCAUGCCCAUGGUUCGAAAGGUACAAAUAACCACGACGAUCGGCACGCCUGAGGGAGGGUGUUGGUGAGAGAAAAGCUGGCCCAGCCUCAAGAGGACGCGAAAGAAUCUCGCUCGACGGUAAAGUCCUGGAGGAAUUGAAUGAGGACGACGAGGACGCUUCGCUGGAUGCUGCGAAUGAUAACGAGGGCGAGAAGCGAGCUGCGGAAGUGGUCGAAGUUGUGCGGGAGGUACGCUGGGUCGACCAGGUGGUUCAGGAAGUCAAAUAUUCCAGCAAGAUGCAGUUCCGUGCUCCGGACAUAAUUGAAUUGUAGUUUACGCGUCCCAGCGGAAAUAGCAUCGGGCAUUUGUUUUCUUUCUCUCGCGAGGCUUUUCUUUUGUUUUAUCAUCCCGGAUCUCCGGUGAGUCACUCGAAAUGGCGGUUGGACGGCGUAGUCGCGUGGCUAAACAACGCGGAUGGAAACGUUCUCGAGAGCGAAACAUUCGUCGAGGUGAAACGAAUAAAAAGAUGUUAAAAAAGCUGAGAGGAAGCGCCGCGUCCGAAGAAGAAUUACGAUUGAACGAGAUUCGGUGGCUUCGCUCAAACUUUUUAAUUACUCCUACAACUUUUCAGAAGGGCAGCAAGACCAGACUGCGCACCUCGCACCGACGGUGAGUUCGUUUUGAGAGCCCAUAAACUUCACAUUUUUCGCAUUUUUGCUUCGAUAACCUUUCGCGAAAAACAAUAUUGCUUUUAACCGAUAAACAAAACCGAGACGGAAGGAAGAAAGGACGACGUAGCUGAGUAAGAUUUUAAUGACUGCGCGAAACGAAAUAAAAUAUUCGUCACCGAUUUCCGCGAUUAAUAUCAAGACACAAUCGCGCGGCUAUUAAUAAAACAGGACGGAAAGUGGAAAGAUAAAAAUUCGCUGAAACGCCGUGAGCGACUCGUUUGCAAGAGAAUUCACAAGAAAAUAACUGUACACGUCUCCUCAAUAUGAUAAUGAAUUACGUCCUUAAAUAACUUCCCAGAGCCUGUUCGAGAAGUGAUUGGGUCAAUUAAUCAACCACGUGGAGCACCGAUCGCACUUGGAUCCUAAAAUGCACCGCGUCUCUGUUCGUGACCACUUGCAAAAACGUAAAUGAAACAGAGAAACGGCGAGACUUUCUCAGUGAAAAAAAGUCAUAUUUCCAUGCCCAUUUUCCGGAGUACGCGAUAAGAAUAAGGACUUUUGAUUCGCGAUGAUAAAGCUUGUAAAUACCGGACCAAGACGUCUAACUUAUUACAUAAUUACGGAUCGAAAUAUGCGUGUAUAGAUCAAUUAAAUAUCGUCAUAUUUCUAGAAUGUAAAUUCGUUAACGUUGACGUGACGAUUGAAUAGGGUUACCUUAAUUAUUGAACACCAUGACAUAGUAACUACACGAUUUCCCCACGCACGGGUCUGAGGGACCCGAAUCUAUUCACCGCUUACAUCUCCGCGAAUUUAAUUUGUUAAUCAACGAUCGUUUUUACAAUCGUUUUUACGAUUCUUUUUACAGUUUAAUUGUGACUCAAAAUAUUGAAAAAAUAUACCGAGGUGAGACGAUCGUUGACGCGACAAAACUUUCGUUUGACCACGAAUCGGGGCAUGCUGAAUAAAAUUCGUCGAUUCGAUUGAAAUUUAGUUGCUCCAAUGGAAGUUUUGUUGAAUCAAGGAAUUUCGUUGUUUUUAAUACGAAACUUUCAUUCUUACGGGUCUCUCAGGCCCGGUGUGACGUGAGUGAGGUUUCAACGCCCCUUAAUUAAUAAAACGUUUUAGCGUUUUCCGCUCGCGCGUGUGCGGAGGUUCGAAAACGGGUCCAUAAUCUUUUCGCAUAAAAACAAUAACCAGGUGAGAGGAGGUUUAAAAAACGACGAGAAAAACACUGCUGAUCGUUGGAAAAUAAAUAAAAAUACUUCCUCGUCGUUAAAGUACUUUUUCGAAGUAAUGAGUCCAAAUCGCUAUACAAUAUGCCCACGUCGUUUGAAGUUUCCCGACCUAAAACUCUGCGACAGGAGUCACCGAGAAAAUAUUACGAAUUUAUUCGGAGCACUGAUUUCGACUAAAAGCCAUCGAAUUCGUUGGAUUAAUUGCGUUACGACCGACCGGCCAACGGCCAGUGCAAGGCCAUUCUGAGACGGAAAAUUUAUUCCGAAUUUUAGGUCAGCUCUUCGUCAACGAAUAACCGAUAUUUCGAUUGGUUUAUUUGAAAUACCGUUUUCAGGCUCGAUUUUCAGAACAAACGGAAUAGGGAGCAGUCAAAAUGAUUUGAAUUCUUUGAAUUUUGUAAAAAUUUCUGGUUUGAGGAUGUCUGAAUGUUUGAAAAAUCAUCGAAAAGAUGUCUCAUAGUUUUUAUAAUUCAGUCGGACUGUGCGUGAAAAAAUGUCCCGAGUAGGGACCCGAGCUUCGGUCGUUCGAUGCAUUCGAAGAUUGAGCAAAAUGUAUUUUUCAUUUGUCUCAAAAUGUUGUCAAGGAUCGUUCGAGUAUUGCUGAUUCGAAUGCGUUUUAUCCGGUGGGACGAUACAAAAGUGAGCAAAAUUCCAAGGGGAAUUUUCGGAUUAAAAAAUCUGCUCGAAAUCGGAAUUGCAGAAAAAUCGUGUUGCCUCGAAAAACUCGUGGACAAAUCGUGGAAAAUAAUGACGAAUUGAUUUGCGGUUAGAACUCGAAACGUGUCGUUGAACAUUUGAUUUUCCCUCGGACAAAAUAUUGCCUCAGAAACGGAUGUGAAUGAAAAUAAUUCGAGAGUCGAAAAAUCGAAAAAUAAUUCAAAAAAUUACGGUUUCAAAACUUUCAUCGAUUUUUAACGGUUCAUUGAAACGUCAAACUUGAAUUUACGAGAAAAGAAAUUUUUUGAUUCGGAAAACUUUUGGGGAAUAGUUGUAAAUAAUUGUCCGUCGAAUAAUUCCAAAUGAAACUUCACAGAGAAAACAAAUUGUUGGCCAAAACAAAUUUCGUUUCUUUCUACAAAAGUAACCAAUUUUAUAAUAAGAGGAAUCGAAGGUUUUUGCUUACGAUCGUUAGUUUUUUUUUUUUUAAUUCGUUAACCCAGGACUAAAAAUGCCCAAGGCUCAAUCGAUCGAACUGAGAGAUUUGCCAUUGAACAGAAAAAUUUUCCGUCGCAUUUUUUCCACUAAAUCGAGUUCGUUUCGAGGUCUCAGAUUCCGGGUGGGAUUGAGAAACGUUUCCGAGUUUGGGGCUCAAAGAAUUCGACCGCGUUUCGCGGAGGCAUGAGAAUGUUGCAAAAACGUAUUGCAUCGGUCUGCGAUGACCAAAAUCUGCGGACGUUGCGAGACAGUUUUUCCGAGCAUGAAAAUUCUGUGGACGCAUCGCAUAUAAUCAAGGAGACCUUGACGCGAUGGAAUUGAAAGAGACGAAAUGAUUUUUACAGCGGUUUUCAUUCACUGCGGUACUGUCAAAGGUUGAUCCAGAGAAUCGCAUACCGUGGACGCAAUUGAGUAAAGCGACCAUUGAUCAUGUCGAACGUGCCCCACGCACGAACGAUUUUGUUUUCCUAUCGAGUCUAUAGUUCCACAACGACAGUACUUUUUCUUGUACCAGGAGGAGCUAGAGAAUCAAUUAUAUUUCCGCUACAUCGCGCUCAAACAAGAUUAGCUGGAGCGAAAAAUACAAUUCAGUUGAUGCCCGGAGAGCAGAAAAAUGUACUGAGUUUCUCUUCGAGCUGUCGAAUAACAAAAAACAAUAUUUCCGGACAAAUAGUUCAAGCGAAUAAGCGGAUUUGGAGUGACGCCAAGAUCUUGAUCGAAUAAAAAGCUUUGGGAGCUUCUAUGCGACGUUGUCGUUGUACCUGGCACGAUAAAAAUAGCACGGAAAUGACCGGAGAGGCGUUGGACAAUUUUUUUCCACUCCACCAAAGUUUCUUUUCUUCUCCGACGUUCGUUCAUGAGCUUCGAAAUUUGGUCACGUUGUACUGCACUGAGUUAUAUCUCUCUGCUGAAUUGCCUAAGUACUUAAGAAACUGCUCGAAGCUAUGAAGAAACAAAAAUAGAGAUUCCACCGAAGAUUUUCUUUGAUUCUGCAAACUGAAAUUAUCAUGCAAAUUAUCAUUCGAUCGAUGUGCGAAUUUUGUAUGAAAUUCAUUAGAAAUCACACGCCCCAAAAUCAUUCGUCAGACUUAUGAUCGACCGCAGAAGAAUUACGUUUCCUGUUUCUUCGAAGAACAAACUAAGUUGCGAAGACAUUUUUGCCACUAGAAAUUUACGUUGGUGACGUACCUGAGGUCAAACGAAUAUCUGAUAAAAAUAUCAUGGAAACGAGGUGCUACAUUGUUCGAAUGAUAAAUAGAAAUGUGAUUAGACGACAUGACGAAAAUAUUGGAAGAUUUAUCGAUCCGUGUCUCUCGUUAAUAUUCAACUAUAUAAAUGUAAUGCCGCUCGAGUAUUUUUUCAAGAAUCGUUUCUUCGCUAAUUAAGUUGUCGAAUUGAUGAUGAUUAUUGUUAAAACCCACGUUAUAGAGAGCUUCAUUAUUUUUAUAAAGAAAAAUCAAACGAAACGAAUGAAAAUAAUCGAUGAAAAAUGAAGAAAGAAUCGACGAGAAGAUUGCGUAUCAUUGAGUGAAGAUGAGUGCGAGUUAUAACGACGAAAAUCUAUUUAAAAUACUAUGAAAAUUUAACGAUUGUUCAAAGUUUUUUCAUUUUUUUCUCAUUAUUUUUAUCGAAGAUUCUAUUUGAGAAAUAAAUAUAUGAAUAUAUUUGUA